AGCUCUACUUAAACCUCUCACUGGCCUCCUCUCCUCUGUGCCUUAACUGUUUCUCCUUUUAGGUAUUAACUUUGGGAGAGUGGUGAUGGAGAGGUACUACGGAGUCGCUUCCAGCUUUACACGCGGCCCAACCACCGCGCAGUCCGCCUCUCUCCCAAAGCCGCACCUCGGAGCAGAAUCCACUCUCGUCUCUUCCCGUUCCGCUGCCUCUGCUGCCCGCAGUGGCCGCUGCUUCGACGACACCGAAAUCAGCAUAUUCGACGCCGAGCGCUACUUUAACGAAGGGCACGAACCCGUGAAGGCGACCGUAUUUCUCAACGGGCCGGCAGAAAGGUGCGACCUUUACCCGAGGGACGACGGCCACGCUAAACUCGGCCGCACCACCUCGAUCCACUCGACGCCGACCAGGGCCUCGUCGGAGACCAGCUGGAACAGCCAGUCCGGCCUCCUUGCCAACUCCGCCCGCGGGAAUUCUCUCUUGAAGGAUCCCUCCAAGUCGCCGUCCUCCUCCGGCCGCCGGCUCUUUCGCGGAAACUGCCCGUGUUCGGGGAAGAAGGCGGUUGAUGUUGACGAGAAGUCCUCUGUCAUCGCUAAAACUCCCAUCUUUCGGGAAGCGGAAGUGGGUUUGAGUAGCAUUCACGAGAGAGCCAGGACAGAAGAGAUCAAGAGAGAGUUUGGCGUUGAGGAGAUGAGAAAGGUGAAGAUAUCGCCUAGAAUUUGUUCCCCGAAUCCCAGUCUUUUAAGAACAUUUCAGCCAGAAGUUGAUCACCUCACCGUCAGCUCGGCCAUCCCAUUCGGGAAUCCCGCCGGCUUCUCCUUCCCCGUCCUGAAUCCCUCUUCGGUCAACUCCGCCCAAGAGCCUCCGCGGGAAUCCCUAGAGAUCUUCCGGCCAACUAAGGAGACGGCGGAUUCCGCGAAUGCCCCGUCAGAUUUCCAACACCGCUCUGUCGUUUUCCCGUUCUCAGACGAGGUGGGCCGCAAUAGCUUUACCUUUCCGGUGAUUCCGAAGCUCCCGGUGGAUGACGACGCGGCGAGCGACGCAAGCUCGGACCUUUUCGAGAUCGAGAGCUUCUCCACCCAGGCGAUGUAUCGCCGGCGCGAUUCUCACGAGCAUGUCCGACGAGGCGUCGAUCAUGAGGCUACGCCGUCCAUCGCGCCCAGCGAGUGCUACGCCCCGAGCGAGGUGAGCGUCCAAUGGAGUGUCACCACCGCGGAGGGCUUCGACCGCGCGAGCUUGGCCAACUUCUCCAGCGCUGCCUCACACUGCGACGACCUCCGCAUCGUCGAAGUGGAACGCCAGCGCUUCGCCGGCGGCGGCAGGAGGAGAUGCAGCGGUCUCCUGAGCUGCCGGAGCGAGAAGGCGGUGAGCGUCGGCCCCAAGCCCGUCCGAUCGGACUCGGUGCGUCCGACAACAAACCGAGCGAUUUGGACUCGCUAAAUCGAGCGCCAGGCCCCUUGUUUGGGCACUUCCCAUGUUAAACACUGUGUUAUUACUAUUAAUGGCUACAUGAAAUACAACGGUUGCUCCCAAAAAUGGAAUAAAAUGACAGUAAAAGUUUUUCUUAA